AUGGGGGAGGACUCGGGCCGGCCGGGGCCAAUGGCCGGCGCGCAUGCUAAUGAGCGCGGCGGCGCGGGGCCGGGACCAAUGGCCGCCGCUAUUGUGGCGGCGCGCGGCGGGCGCGGGCGCAUGGCCGGGGCCGCGCCGGCCGCGCCGGGCGCCGAGGCGCUGCCGCGCGCCUUCCUGCAGAGCCUGCGCACGCUCUUCGACAUCCUGGACGACCGGCGGCGCGGCUACGUGCACCUGCGCGAGAUCGAGUCCCGCUGGCAGGGCGCCGAGGCGCGCGAGCUGCCCCGCGGCGUGCUCGAGGGCCUGCGGCGCGUGGCCCCGGCCAGCGGCCACCUGACCUUCGAGCGCUUCGUGGCCGGCCUGCGCGCCUCGCUGCCGGGCGCCGACGGCCCCGCGCCCCCCGCAGCGCCCGCGCCGCCGCCGCCGCCGCCGCCGCGCCUGCUCUUCGCGCCCGCCGACGAGCCGCGCACCGUGCUGGAGCGGAAGGCGCUGCCCGGCGCGGCCGCGGGCGCGGUGGGCUGCAGGGCCUGGGAGCCGGCGGUGGGGGACAGCCGGCGGGCGCCGCGUGCCCGGGGCCAGCGGCGAAGACACACCAUCACCAACGGCGUGGACUGUGAGCUGCUCAAGCAGCUGGAGGAGCUGGAGCAGGAGCGGGAGGUGCUGCUGCAGGGCCUGGCCAUGAUGGCGCGUGGCCGCGACUGGUACCAGCAGCAGCUGCAGCGCGUGCAGGAGCGGCAGCGCCGCCUGGGCCAGCGCAGGGCCAGCGCCGACUUUGGGGCUGAGGGGAGCCCCGGCCUGCUGGGCCGCCUGCUGCCCAAGGUCCAGGAGGUGGCCCGCUGCCUGGGGGAGCUGCUGGCUGCGGCCUGUGCCGGCAGGGCCCUGCCCUCGUCCUCAGGGCUCCCGGCCUCGCCCCCGACCCCCAGCUGGCAGCAGCAGACCAUCGCCAUGCUGAAGGAGCAGAACCGGCUCCUCACCCAGGAGGUGACGGACAGGAGUGAGCGCAUCACCCAGCUGGAGCAGGAGAAGUCGGCUCUCAUCAAGCAGCUGUUCGAGGCCCGUGCCCUCAGCCAGCAGGACGCUGGGCCUCUGGACUCCACGUUCAUCUAGCGGCCCUCCGGGCCAGACUGACAGCCACUGGCCCACCAGGAGCUCACCCUUUGGUCCCCAACCUCCACCCUCUGCUCCCCAAACUCCUCCUGGCCCUUGGGACACCCACACUGCCUCAGUCCUGGUGAGGCUGCAGAGUGGACAGGGUGUGGGGCGGACACCGCAUGGAACUGUGCUGCACUGUCAGUGGACAGUGCAGGACCAACCCCGUGUUUACAAGGUCUGGGGCAGCCUUGCCCACGUGUUUACAGCUGUCCUGUCUCCUGUGACUUGGGGUCCCAGUAAAACACUCCCAGGACACAGACUGCA